CCAUUCAACUACCUUAACAAGUAAGGCAUCAUUCGGUCCACUGUAACUACUCAUCAAGUCAUCAACACGGAGAAGGAAAAUCGAAGUCAGCAACUUGCAUAAAACCCAAAAAUACCAACCUCCACUCAAAAUCAAAAAUCAAGAUCAAGAUCAAGCUCAAGCUCAAGCUCAAGCUCAUAAUCAAUGGCGUUACAAUGGAUGAUACUGACAUACGUAGUAGCGGCAGAAGCCGCCAUUUUUUUGCUGAUUUCUCUUCCAUCACCUAAGCUCAUCAGGUCUCGUAUCGUUUCCCUAAUCUCUCUCCUCCUUCAGCCUUUAAUGUUUGUCGUCCCUUUCGCGGCUUUUCAGCUUCUCGAUAUUUAUUGGAAGAAUGAGCACCGAUUGAUGUGUACUUCUGAGAUCUGCACUGCUGCGGAGAGAGAUCGUUAUGAAAAACAGACCUACAAAGCUCAGAGGAAUAUUAUUCUUUGCGCUACAUCGUGUCUUCUCUACUGGUGCAUCUAUCGUGCGUGCAAAUAUUACAAGGAUAUUGAAAAGAUGGAGGAAGUUGAAAAGAGGUACAAGAAGCUGUAAUUUUCUUUGGCAUUCACUAUAUCUUGACGACAGCAUGGAGAUUAGAAGCUUGUAAGACAAUUUUGAUGUCUGGAUACACACUUCAGCAGUUUAGCUGUAGGAGGCCCUUCUUAUUGUCCUUGUCUUUUCUGGCGCUUUUCUUGUUGAAUUAGUGAAUAGUGCUACUGUUUGUAGUGUUACUUGUGGUAUGAGAACAACCUCUGUGAACUCCUAUAGAUUCAGUUUAUUACCAAUAUCUAUUACUGCUAUA